AUGGCUGGUGCUGGAGAGCCUGUCCCGUACAGCCUAUACGUGUACGCUCCCAACAAAGGAGCCCCAAUCUUCUUCACUAUUACCUAUGCCAUCUCGACCAUCUUUCAUAUCUGGCAAUGCCAUCGCUACAAGGCUUGGAAGCUCGUCGGUCUACACUGCAUUUGUGGUGUCAUGUUCACGGCCGGCUAUGCAAUGCGCGAGUACGGCGCCUACAACUACUUGUACAAGACGACGACCAAGCUGCCUUUGGCCAUUUUUAUCACCAGUCAGGUUUGCAUUUACGUGUGUCCUCCCCUUCUUGAACUCGCCAACUACCACGUCCUCGGCCGAAUCUUUUACUACGUGCCCUACUGCGCACCCAUUGCUCCAGGCAAAGUUCUUGCCACUUUUGGAGGGCUCAUGGGUCUCGUUGAACUUCUCAAUUCUCUGGGAGUAUCUCUAUCCGCCAACACAUCGUCGACACCUGAGAAGCAGGCCCUUGGUAGUCACUUGACCAUCGCCGCCAUUUCACUCCAGCUCAUCAUCAUCGUCAUUUUUGUAUACCUCGCCUACUUAUUCCAGCGCCGCUGCGCCAAGUCCAAUGUCCAAGCCACGGCUGUCAAGACGCUGCUGACUACCUUGUACAUGAGUAUGGGGCUCAUCCUCGUUCGUUGCAUCUACCGACUAGUGGAGCACACUGGCAACACCAAGGUAGACAUUGACAACGUCGACUCGCUCAUGACGCUCAGCCCUAUCCUGCGCUACGAAGUCUUCUUCUACAUCUUCGAAGCAGUCCUCAUGCUCAUCAACUCAAUCCUCUGGAACAUCUGGCACCCUGGUCGUUUCCUACCCAAGGACUACCACAUCUACCUGUCUCAAGAUGGCACCGAGGUCGAAGGCGAAGAAGAGUCGGAUGAUCGGCCCCUGCUGGCCAAGGCUGGUAAUGUCUUGACGUUUGGCAUCUUUUGGCGCAAGAAGGAACAGGCUCAGCGGUUUCAGGAACUUGGCGAAUAUCCAAGUGCUCACCAACAGGAAGGUUCUAGACAAUGUGUGCCCGAGGAGUCCAACUAA